AUGACUUCCAAGCCGAGUCAGGAACCCACCCUUCUACAAUGGAGAGCACUAACAGUGACCAGAGUGUAUAUGUGGAAGUUGCGGCUUUCCCAGUGGGAUUUCAGGAAGAAUUUCUCCAAGAACAAGGAACUCGAAGAAGCAGCCAAAGAAGCAAGACGCUGUUUCGAUCAAAAAUUAGACCCUCCCCAGGACCUGACGUUGCGAGGUCGUUCUGUCCCAUGGGACCGUGUACGCCGUCAUUUCGGUGAUGAUCCGAGAUACGUGUGCCCAUGGUUAAAGAAUGUUUCCGACUGGUCAAUUGCGGUUGGCACCGUGUGUCUGAAAGCCUCUCCUGCGGACAAUAACACCGAGUUGAUAUUGAAGGAGGUGACGGUUUACUGGUCAAGCACCAUCACUCGUCAAGAAAGCCUUGCCAUGUCCAAAGCCAAAAGAUAUGCUGCGAAGAUAAAAACGGACCCGAACGAUCUCCGUUCUCAACUUCUGGUCGGCCUGGGACUCAUCAGGCGAGGCUGGCCGCAGAAAGGGUGGCAGGGCAUCAACUAUGUGUGCACGAUGAUCGAGAAGGUCUUCAAGGUGGAAGAACCUGAUCUCCUACCAGAAAUGCUGGCGCUCUUGACGGCGCGCUCUGCGACGAGUUCGACGUACCAGGGCCUGAUAGUGGAGAUUGCGCGCCAUUUCACGUCGAUGGCGAAAGUUGUGCUGGGCCCGCUGCAUCCCUUGACGACCAUCUUGACGAUUCUUACCAAAGUCAGACGGGGAGGUGAAGUCUUGGAAGGCUUGAUGGAAUUGGCGGUCAAGGUGAUGAUGGACGUGGUGGAGCAGAGUCGAGACGCCGUCGGCAUCGACCGCUACCACAUCUACAGCCUGGAAAGGAAGUUCAUCGAUCAGAUUAGCGACCGGCUGGAGCCGCGCGAGACUCGGAGUUUAAUCGAGAAACGCCUAACAUACUACAAGCGAACGCUCGGCCAGCGAAGCCUGCACACCCUGUUACUGGUGCAGAGACUAGCGCAGCUGCACGAGAAAGAAGGAUCGGUCGACAAAGCGCAUGAGAUGAGGUUGGGAAUUAUCCAGCUUGGUGAGAGAUACCCGGUCGACAGGCUCCGCUAUGCAGUCUACUUCCUGACGGCCGAAGAGCUCGCGAAAUACUACUUCCGCACUCAACAGCUCGACAAGGCACUGACCUACUACUGCAGGGCUAUUUGUUGGGCCGCCGACAAGAUGGGUAAAGACCAUGCCUACGUGUCCAUCCUCAUCCGGGAGUUCGACGCACUUCGGCGCUUGCAAGAGGAUCUGUUUGAUGCUGGACAGGAAUCGGCGUCGGCGCCGGCGCCGACCGACAUUCAUCUCGAAGUCCGGGGUGGCGAGGAAACAAGUGCUAGUGCUGCGAGAUCACUUUCAUCCAUUGAAGAGAUUGAGCAGAUGGAGCAGACUGAAGAGGUCGAGCAGAUGGAAGCGGAAGGGCAAUGCUCUGCACAGACCAUCACCGAGGAAGAGGGACGUUCGCCCAACAAUACUUUGGCAUUGGCACCACAGGGCUUUUGUGCCGUCGAGGGCAUGGACAACCUGCAGUAUGCCAAUGUCGGCUCUGCUGACCAUGCCAGGGACCUGGGACUGGAACAGGAAUUUGACACGAUAGAUAUGGACACCAUCAAUUGGCCCUCGCCCUAUCAACACAUGUACACAUAG